UCUCAGGGGAAUUUUCUGAAUGCGCCCAGUUUCUACUCUCAUCAUUCACCUGCAUUCAACAAUUAUAUCAUCGAGAUAAGCUCUAUUAGUUCAAUCUCUUCAGAUCAUUCGAAACAAUGGCUCCGAAGUACCACAACGGCCAAAGUGUUCGAUACAAGCCUGUGGGAGGCCCCGACUCUAACACCUCAGAGUCCACUGGCAAGAUUAUGAGUGUACUCACCGAGCCUGGUGUGCAAGCCGACCGCAACGUGCAAGCUUCUGCUAGUGAGCCUCGUUACGAGAUCCAAAACGACAAUACUGGCAAGAUGACCAGCGUGUACGAGGUGAAUAUUCUUGGCCGGGCCUAGAUAAUUAGCCUACAUGAAGUGUAUACACAACGAAUAACUUUGGCGUUGGUGUAUUAUGAGACAUGGUUCGAAAUAUACGGAAUAUAAGCAUAAACCUGUAACAUUGGAGUGUAGUUAUCAUUACAUAGUAUUUUGCUA